AUGUAUCUAACCGAGAUUAUAGGAAACUUCUUCUCCGGCCUGCGGAGGGACGACCCUCGUCUCCUAAGAAUACCUCCCUACUUGUCUGCGCUCUGCAUCCUGGGAGGUAUAGUCUGGCUCCUUCUCCUUCCUCUGGACGAAUACUCCCGGCAGACAUACAUCUCAGAGAACGCACUGUUACCAGGUCAAGUGCACACAUACUUUGGGGGAAGUGAACAGAACGUCCUCCGAGCAUAUCGGCAUGAACUGGCUUCGGUUAUUGAGCCAGCCUCGAUCAAUGAGACCACACACAGCGACGUACCGGAUGUAUCGGACAAAAGAACUGCAAAGAUACAAGAAUUGUUCCGGAACGCCGGCUUGAAGACCGCGACACAACGAUACUCCUACACAUCCUCCGGACAGACCUACGAGGGCGAGAAUGUCUACGCAGUCCUCCAUGCACCUCGUGGCGAUGGGACCGAAGCGAUUGUGCUACUGGCGCCUCUCAAGAACAUCGACAACGCACUGAACAUCAACGGAGUGCCUCUGCUGAUCUCUCUCGCGCGAUAUUUCAAGCGUUGGUCACUUUGGUCCAAAGACAUCAUUUUCCUCGUCACACCGGACAGUUUCGCCGGACCACAGGCCUGGAUUGACGCGUACCAUUCAACACAUGACCCGCGAAACGUUCAAGAUCUGUCGUUGAAGUCCGGAGCGCUCCAGGCGGCCGUCUGCAUCGACUAUCCGUUCGAACAUCGGUUCGAGAAUCUGCACAUUGCAUACGACGGGGUGAACGGGGCCUUGCCCAACUUGGAUCUCUUCAACACUGCGGUCACGAUCGCGUCGGGCCAGAUGGGCAUUGGAACCUCCAUUCAGUAUCAACAUACAUACACCAAUCCUGACAGCCACAACCAAUAUCGAUCUCGCCUUCAAACGCUGGUACGGGGAAUGGCGUCCCAAGCACUCGGCCAGGCUACGGGUCCGCAUUCCAGUUUCAUGACAUAUCAUAUCGAUGCUAUCACUUUGACGGCAAUUGGGCAGGGGUGGCAGGAUGAAAUGGCUUUUGGCAGGACUGUGGAGAGUCUCUGUCGCAGUCUGAAUAAUUUGCUGGAGAAGCUGCAUCAGAGCUUUUUCUUUUACUUGUUGAUGCAGUCCAAUCGCUUCGUCAGCAUUGGUACAUACCUCCCUAGUGCUAUGAUUACUGCGGCGGCUUAUACCAUUAUGGCAAUUUACCUCUGGGUCAUGAGUGGGUACCGAGCAAGCAGGUCAAAGGCCUCAACAAUAGCAGCAGCAGCAGGCACUGGUGUGAAGGCACCAAGCGAAGAUGCAGACAGAAUAGCUGGGGUAGUGUCGAAAGACCAGACUCGCUCCGCGACUGUUGUCCCUGCUGCGGCUGCUGAUGGGAAUCCGGCUGGCUCCGAAGUCGACCUUACACCUAUCAACAACAGGAACCUGGCUUUACCCAUCGCCCUGCUCGCCAUGGUCCAUCUCGCAUCCGUUGUUCCACUCUAUCUCCUCACAUCACUUUCUGCACAGCUUCUCUUACCGACAUUCAUGGCAUUGGCACUGUUUUUCGUCAUUCUGCCCAUCAUCCUGGCGUCAGCCUUGUCCAGAUUCACCGGUAGUACCACCGACUAUGGUGCCGCUACCACCAACAACAACCAGAGCAACCCGACCUCGGGUCACCCAACAUCUACAGCCGUGGUAUCAUCCACGACCGAAAACGACAACGAGAAUGAACAAUACAUUCUAAUCAAGUCAUUGAGCAUGUUACUCCUCGGUCUAUUUUUGACAGUCCUCGCCACCCUCAACUUCAGUCUCAGCAUGUUCCUCGGCGUCGUAUGUGUGCCACUUGCCUUUGUUGAUCGGACGCCACAUAACAAGAGGUUGGCCAUUCUGCAGUACGUGCGUCUUGUCGUCUUGAGUCCGAUGGCGUUGGCGUUUGUGGCUGCGAUGGUGACGGCAACUGCAAGGAGGCCUGUGGACUGGUUUGGCGGUUGGGGAUUGUCAUUGGGAUUGGAAUUGGGACACGCACCAGAGAGUAAUGAGUCUUAUGCAUUUGCAUCUGCACUCGUGGCCGCGACCGAAGUGUUGCAGAAUUGGUUGCAACAGUUGGCUUUUGGAUGGAAUGUCUGGGGAAGCUGGGGCGUGCCGGUUGGUGUGUUGUGUGUUUGGGUGCCUGCGUGGGUGGUUUCUGCGACUUUGGUGGCGAGUUCGUGGGUGUCGGUUUCGACGUCUAGAAAAAAGGCAUCUGUUGCAUCGUGA